UGUAUUAGGCUUAAAGGGGAGGGCCACCGCAGACCGUCUUUCGUUUCAGGUUGGAUAGACGUAUAACGUCACCGCCUUAAGGGUUUUAAAGUCUGACUAAGCUCACUCACACCGACACAUACACAUCCUCGUCAUUUUCAGCUGUAUAGCAUCAGGGCGGUGUGAGAGAAUCCCUCUGCCCGGAGCAUGAGCUUUGGAUACCGCACCUGAAAACAAGGAAGCGCCGGAGCACAUGUUCUCAGAGAGGACACGAAGGACAUUCAGUUCUCACAAGUCUCCAUGAGGCGGUGGAAGAGACUGGACAUGUUUAUCUUUUAAGUGCAAUUUUGGUGGAGUCUCAGGUCACAUUGACUAGUGUGAUUGAUUGAAGUGAAAACUGGAAGCUGGACUUUCUGUGCUCGUGUGAUGAUCUUCUCCACCUGGCGGAGUGAAGGACGCAGGGGAUGCUGGUGAUCUCCGGAUCCACACCGAGCAACGCGCACACUUGAACACGGAGAAAUCCGCCGUCGUCCUUCCUUCUCCUGCGCUCGGUUUUCUUUCUCUGCAAAUCACACAGCGCACUCAAAACCAGCAGACUUCACCGACACAGCCUUCCACAAGACCUAGUCAGAAGUGGACAUGACUGACGGACCGAGACACCGAGGGAGCGCGGCACCUGCCGGCGGGGAAGAAGCGCCGCAAGCCGGGAAAGCAGGAGGACAAUCCUCCGUGGCUCUGAAGAAGGAGAUCGGGCUUGUGAGCGCCUGCGGGAUUAUUGUCGGUAACAUCAUUGGCUCGGGGAUCUUCGUCAGUCCUAAGGGUGUGCUGGAGAAUGCUAGCUCCGUUGGCCUAGCGAUCAUCGUCUGGGUCGUUACGGGUGUCAUCACCGCUAUCGGUGCUCUCUGCUAUGCUGAACUAGGGGUCACCAUCCCGAAGUCUGGCGGUGACUACUCUUAUGUCAAGGACAUCUUCGGUGGACUGGCAGGGUUCCUGAGAUUAUGGAUUGCUGUUUUGGUGAUCUACCCCACCAACCAAGCAGUCAUCGCUCUCACCUUCUCCAACUAUGUCCUGCAACCACUCUUCCCCACCUGCUUCCCACCCGAGAACGGCCUUCGUCUGCUUGCUGCCAUCUGUCUCCUGCUGCUGACGUGGGUGAACUGUGCGAGCGUGCGCUGGGCCACACGCGUACAGGACGUGUUCACGGCUGGGAAACUGCUGGCCCUCAUCCUUAUCAUCAUCAUGGGCAUUGUACAGAUCUGCAAGGGCGACUAUUAUUGGCUGGAGCCAGUCAAUGCCUUCGAGCCGUUUCAGGACUAUGAUGUCGGUCUGAUAGCUCUAGCAUUUCUGCAAGGCUCCUUCGCUUAUGGAGGUUGGAACUUCCUUAACUAUGUGACCGAGGAGCUGGUUGAUCCCUAUGUAAACCUGCCUCGUGCAAUCUUCAUCUCCAUCCCCCUGGUGACUUUUGUUUAUGUGUUUGCUAACAUUGCGUACGUCACCGCCAUGAGCCCUCAGGAGCUGCUGGCCUCCAACGCUGUUGCUGUGACGUUUGGUGAGAAGCUGUUGGGAGUGAUGUCAUGGAUCAUGCCCAUCUCAGUGGCUCUGUCCACCUUUGGGGGGGUCAACGGCUCCCUCUUCACCUCCUCUCGGUUGUUUUUCGCCGGUGCCAGAGAGGGCCAUCUCCCCAGCCUGCUAGCUAUGAUCCAUGUGAAGCGCUGCACACCUAUUCCUGCUCUACUCUUUACUUGUAUCUCGACCCUUCUGAUGCUGUGCACUAGUGACAUAUACACACUUAUCAACUACGUGGGCUUCAUCAACUACCUCUUCUAUGGUGUAACAGUUGCCGGGCAGAUUGUCCUGCGCAUCAAACAGCCUGACAUGCCACGACCAAUCAAAAUCAGCCUAGUGUGGCCAGUGAUCUACCUGCUGUUCUGGGCCUUCCUGCUGGUCUUCUCUCUGUACUCUGAGCCUGUGGUUUGUGGUAUCGGCCUGGCCAUUAUGCUCACUGGUGUUCCCGUCUACUUCCUGGGUGUCUACUGGGAUAACAAGCCCCAGUGCUUCAACACAUUUGUGGAUAAGAUGACUUACCUGGGCCAGAAGUUCUGUGUGGUGGUCUAUCCAGCAGAGGAUGAGAAGCCUGAAGACUGCCGAGAAGACGGGAUCGAGAUGAAAGAGGACUCUACUCCCCUGUCUGCAGCAGACAGCGCAACACCAAACUCGGCUGAUUACUGAAUACAAGAACGCAGACAUACACACUCUCUCACACACACGGUCACGUGCAGAGUGCCCGGAUGAUACAGAUCCACACUGGCAAAAUGGGUGUUGAACUCCUAAAACACACACUAGUAAGCCUUUUUCGAUUGCUGCACAUGUGCAGGGUUGUCAUUUCCUAUCAGUAUGAGGUAGACUGAGGUAGAGGUGAGAGGUUAGUGACGAGGAUGGGUAAAGGAGCUGGAUGCUAUUCCAGUCCUCUACAUGUUUAACUUAACACCUCAACAUGGCCGCCAUGCUGCAGUAGCUUCUGUAAAGAAUCCAGCUACAUUUUACCCCCCCAUCUCUUAAGGCAACGUAAAAUAAACCAUUAAAACCGAAUGUACUUAAGACUGUACUAUUUUGGUAAUGUCUGAUUUGUAAUACAGAAUCAAAUCCGCACUCUUUUGUUAAUGUAUAAAAUCCAACUAAAAUGACUUUCAUAUCCACACUCUAGCUUUGUACCUCUCAUCCUCUGACCUCGAGUACUCCUCCACCUUUUUCUUUUAUUAAAGAUGUAGUCAAUGUACUACAGUGUUUUCAUCUAGACACACACACACAUUAUAAAUGUAUAUGCCACAUCGAGAUCCACACCGUUUGCUUAGUGCAGUAUUAGUCUUUCAUGUCCUACAAAAUCAUCUUUAGUGUACUUUAACCAUGCAAAGUAUUUUGAUUCCAAUAUUUAUUAGAUUCAGCUCCACCAACACACUAAAAAAAUUUUUUUUUUUUUUU